CUGUGGGCAGGCCCUCUGCUCACUGAGCUUGGCGUUGGGACAGGACACCCCCAGCAGCCCCGGCUGGGGCCUCCCCGGCUUCUCCCCACCCCUGGGGCUUGGCUUCUGGUAGUCAGGGGCCCUAUGUGGGGACAGUUAUGUGGCCCCUGGCAGAGAGGUCCCGCUGUCUGUUUGCUGAAGGAGGAAAAACAACACGCAGACUAUUGAUUCAGCCUCACCUUGGCGCUCCUGGCUCGGCAGCUAGUGUUUGCCCUGGCUGCCUGGGCUCGGAUUACGCAAGACCCGUGGGCGUGGAGUGUGAGGGGGCAGCUGGGGGGCCUCUGCACCCAGGCCCCGGCCAGGGCAGGGCGGCCCCAGUGUUCUCCAGGAGGCAGCCCGAAAGGAGUCUGGGUCCCCGGUUUUACUAAUGGCCACCAGCCUGGGGUCUGGCCAUGCAGGGAGGUAAAGUCACCGGGAUUCCCUGUGUCCAGCCCCCAGAGCUCCAUCCCUCCUCUGGUCGCCCACUGUGUCCCCCCUGGGGCCGUGGGACCUUUGCAGGUAACUCUUUGGAGCUGGGCUGCCUUGCUGAGCCAGGAAACCCUCGGUGAGCGGGUAGACGCCACCCCUUCCAAAACUUUGAAGAGCUAACAUUUAAUUUCUUUGUAAAAUGUACCUAGGUAAUUGGGAAAAUCCACAGUGACACAAAGAAGACAAUAACAAUCACUCGUAACUGUCACCAUCUUGAGAGAAUCAGUUAACGUUUUAGCCUGCGCCCUUCCAGAUUUUGUUUUGUGGUUAUAUAUAAAUAUACGUGUAUAAAUAGUUAUUCAAAAACAAAACGGGGUCAUGUGUGCAUACUGCUUCAUAACCCAUCUUUUUCGCUUUGAUUGUGGUGAACGUUUAUUCAGUUGUUUCUGAUUCUGAGUGACUCAAGCCUGAUACUCUGCAUCCCACUUCCGUAUUCUUGUGCGGAGAGAGGCUGAGGAGCUGUGUGUGUGUGGAGGGGGGUCCGGCUGGCCGACCUUGGGGGGCUGGAUGUUCACCCCCUCCCCCGGGGCCCUUCUCAGGCCUUGAUUGCGCUGUGGGGUGGGAAGGAGGUUUGGCACAUGGCCGGGGAAGCACUGACACUCUCCCCCUCUCCUGUCUUGUUCCCCCGCAGGGCCGGCAGCCCUCCUCCACCCCCCACAGCCCUGCCCUGCCCGGCCCCAUGCCCCCGCCAGUCAGCCCCGGGCCACAGGCAGCAAGCAGGCACGCAGGAGCCGAGGCCCUGUGACCAGGCCAAGGAGACGGGGGCUCCGGGGGCCCGGCCACCUGUCCCCUCCAUGGAGCUGAGGCCCUGGUUGCUAUGGGUGGUAGCAGCCGCGGGAGCCUUGGUCCUGCUGGCGGCCGAUGCCCAUGGCCAGAAGGUCUACACCAACACCUGGGCCGUGCGCAUUCCCGGAGGCCCAGCCGUGGCUGACAGCCUGGCGCACAAGCACGGCUUCCUCAACUUGGGCCAGAUCUUCGGCGACUAUUACCACUUCUGGCAUCGAGCAGUGACAAAGCGAUCCCUGUCGCCUCACCGCCCGCGGCACAGCCGGCUGCAGAGGGAGCCUCAAGUGCAGUGGCUGGAGCAGCAGGUGGCAAAGCGACGGACCAAACGGGAUGUAUACCAGGAGCCCACGGACCCCAAGUUUCCCCAGCAGUGGUACCUGUCUGGCGUCACCCAGCGGGACCUGAACGUGAAGGAGGCCUGGGCUCAGGGCUACACGGGGCAUGGCAUCGUGGUGUCCAUCCUGGACGAUGGCAUCGAGAAGAACCACCCAGACUUGGCAGGCAAUUAUGAUCCAGGGGCCAGCUUCGACGUCAACGACCAGGACCCUGACCCCCAGCCUCGGUACACGCAGAUGAAUGACAACCGGCACGGCACACGGUGCGCGGGCGAGGUCGCCGCGGUAGCCAACAACGGCGUCUGUGGCGUCGGUGUGGCCUACAACGCCCGCAUUGGAGGGGUGCGCAUGCUAGAUGGCGAGGUGACGGACGCGGUGGAGGCGCGCUCGCUGGGCCUGAACCCCAACCACAUCCACAUCUACAGUGCCAGCUGGGGCCCCGAGGACGAUGGCAAAACCGUGGAUGGGCCUGCCCGCCUGGCCGAGGAGGCCUUCUUCCGGGGGGUCAGCCAGGGUCGCGGGGGUCUGGGCUCCAUCUUUGUCUGGGCCUCGGGGAACGGGGGCCGGGAGCACGACAGCUGCAACUGUGACGGCUACACCAACAGCAUCUACACGCUGUCCAUCAGCAGCGCCACGCAGCUCGGCAAUGUGCCCUGGUACAGCGAGGCCUGCUCGUCCACACUGGCCACCACCUACAGCAGCGGCAACCAGAACGAGAAGCAGAUCGUGACCACGGACUUGCGGCAAAAGUGUACGGAAUCUCACACGGGCACAUCGGCUUCUGCCCCCUUGGCAGCCGGCAUCAUCGCCCUCACCCUGGAAGCCAAUAAGAACCUCACCUGGCGGGACAUGCAGCACCUGGUGGUCCAGACCUCGAAGCCAGCCCACCUCAAUGCUAAUGAUUGGGCCACCAAUGGCGUGGGCCGGAAAGUGAGCCAUUCGUACGGCUACGGGCUGCUGGACGCAGGUGCAAUGGUGACCCUGGCCCAGAACUGGACGACGGUGGCCCCCCAGAGGAAGUGCAUCAUAGACAUCCUCACUGAACCCAAGGACAUCGGGAAGCGGCUGGAGGUGCGGAAGGCGGUGACCGCCUGCCUGGGGGAGCCUAGCCACGUCACGCGGCUGGAGCACGCACAGGCCCGCCUCACCCUGUCCUACAAUCGCCGUGGCGACCUGGCCAUCCACCUGGUCAGCCCCAUGGGCACCCGCUCCACCCUGCUGGCCGCCAGGCCGCACGACUACUCUGCAGAUGGGUUUAACGACUGGGCCUUCAUGACAACCCACUCCUGGGACGAGGACCCUACUGGCGAGUGGGUCCUGGAGAUUGAAAACACCAGCGAAGCCAACAACUACGGGACGCUGACCAAGUUCACCCUCGUGCUGUACGGCACAGCCCCGGAGGGGCCACACUCGCCUCCCGAGAGCAGCGGCUGCAAGACCCUCACGUCUAGCCAGGCCUGUGUGGUGUGUGAGGAGGGCUUCUCCCUGCACCAGAAGACCUGUGUCCAGCACUGCCCACCAGGCUUCACUCCCCAAGUCCUCGAUACGCACUAUAGCACCGAGAACGACGUGGAGAUCAUCCGGGCCAGCGUCUGCACCCCCUGCCACACCUCGUGUGCCACGUGCCAAGGGCUGGCCGCCACAGACUGCCUCAGCUGCCCCAGCCACGCCUCCCUGGACCCCGUGGAGCGGACCUGCUCCCGGCAGAGCCAGAGCAGCCGCGAGUCCCCGGAGCAGCAGCCGCCCCGGCCGCCCCCGGAGGUGGAGGCUGAGCCCCGCCCCAGGGCAGGGCUGCUGCCCUCACACCUGCCCGAGGUGGUGGCCGGCCUCAGCUGCGCCUUCAUCGUGCUGGUCUUCGUUACCGUCUUCCUGGUCCUGCAGCUGCGCUCGGGCUUCAGCUUCCGGGGGGUCAAGGUGUACACCAUGGACCGUGGCCUCAUCUCCUACAAGGGGCUGCCCCCCGAAGCCUGGCAGGAAGAGGGCCCGUCUGACUCGGAAGAGGACGAGGGCCGGGGCGAGAGGACCGCCUUUAUCAAAGACCAGAGCGCCCUUUGACGAGCGCCCACUGCCUGCCCCUGCCAGCCCGUCCCCUCCUUGGGCACUUUUUAAUUCACCAAAGUAUUUUUUUAUCUUGGGACUGGGUUUGGACCCCAGCUGGGAGGCAGGAGGGGCAGAGACUGCUUCCCACCCUACCUUCAGGCCACCCGGCUGCCUGAGGUGGGGCCCCAGGAGCAGCUGGGGGGCAGGGGAGGGCCUCACCCCACCUCCAGCACCUCUUCCGUGUGGAGAAAAGGAGUGGAACGUUGAGGGCAGCUUUCCAAGGUCCAGGCCCCCCGCCGGACUCCCUGCCGAGUGAAGGGGUCAGCGCUUUGGGGAUUUCCAACCCGGGCUGCCGCUCUCGUCCCUUCCCUGUUCCUCUAAAGCAAUAAUGGUCCCCAUCCAGGCAGCAGGGAGGCUGGCCUAGGGGGUAUUUGAAGGAG